CUCACACGUACAACGACGAUGGACGGUCCGGUUUUCCCGGGUUAUCUGAGAAGUAUUAUGUGAAUUUUCCGAAUUUGAACACAUUUUGAGAAAUUGGAAUAAGAACCGCUACAAUGUCACAAGCGGAGGUUGAAAUAGCUGGACGCGGCUUCCCAAGCCUCUCUGUCGACCUAAACGAUGACUGCUUAUCUGGUCGAGUCCCGUCGAUGCCACUGACCUACAAUUUGGGGACCAGGAGAAACUCUUAUGGGCUUCACAAAAUUAACAUGGACAUUGACCCACAACUAUAUGGCGGGGCGCUAUCAAAGGCUCUGUCCUGGUCAGCGGAUAAUAUUUUAACGUUAACCGAGGCCAGAGUAGAAGAAGACGACAAAACGGAUACUCCACCGGCGUCUCCAUCCGUCUCCAGCCCGGGCGCGAGCAUUACCGGCAGCACGCCCCCCUGUACCCAAGUCUCGGACCCCGUCACCCCGCUGGACAACAACUGGAGCUCGCUCCGGAGCCCCAACACACAAGAUGCCAGCUCGGACUCAGAAAAUGAGCUUGUUCAAAAUAAAGCACACAAAGUGUUGUCACGCAGUCCGUAUGAAAGCAAAUGUGAACAGGAGGAGAGGGAGGACAUUGAGACCAAAGCUGUGGCCACCUCACCUGAUGGAAGAUACCUGAAAUUCAACAUUGAGAUUGGGAGGGGAUCGUUCAAGACCGUCUAUAAAGGACUGGACACAGAGACUACUGUGGAAGUGGCAUGGUGCGAGUUGCAGACGCGUAAGCUGACCAAGGUGGAGCGGCAGAGGUUCAGUGAGGAGGUGGAGAUGCUGAAGGGUCUGCAGCACCCAAACAUUGUCCGCUUCUACGACUCCUGGAAGGACAACUCCAAGGGCCUCAAGUGCAUUCUUUUGGUCACUGAGCUCAUGACGUCAGGCACCCUCAAAACGUACCUGAAGAGGUUUAAGGAGAUGAAGCUGAAGCUACUGCAGCGCUGGAGCCGUCAGAUCCUGAAGGGGCUCCACUUCCUCCACACCCGCACACCUCCCAUCAUCCACAGGGACCUCAAGUGUGACAACAUCUUCAUCACCGGCCCCACCGGCUCCGUCAAGAUUGGAGAUCUGGGCCUGGCCACACUCAAAAGAGCCUCCUUCGCUAAAAGUGUCAUUGGUACCCCAGAGUUCAUGGCUCCAGAGAUGUAUGAGGAGAAGUAUGAUGAGGCUGUGGAUGUCUAUGCCUUUGGGAUGUGUAUCCUGGAGAUGGCCACAUCAGAGUAUCCCUACUCCGAGUGCCAGAACGCAGCGCAGAUCUACCGUAAAGUCACCAGCGGGAUGAAACCAGACAGUUUUUACAAAGUCAAGGUCCCAGAGCUCAAAGAGAUCAUCGAAGGAUGUAUCCGGAUGGACAAAGAUGAAAGGUACACCAUCCAGGACCUGCUAGAGCACACAUUCUUCCAGGAGAACAACGGCGUCCAUGUUGAGUUGGCUGAGGAGGACGACACGGUGAAGUCAGGCCUGAAGCUGUGGCUCCGGAUGGACGACACCAAGAAACUCCACGGGAAGUACAAGGACAACAACGCCAUUGAGUUCCUGUUUGAACUCUACAAGGACGUGCCAGAGGAGGUGGCGCAGGAGAUGGUGGUGCUGGGCUUCGUGUGUGAGGCCGACUUCAAGCUGGUGGCCAAGGCCAUCCGGGACCGUGUCAAUGCCAUCAAGCGCCAACGGGAGAAACUGCGCCUCCUUGCAGAGAAGAAGAAGCAGGCCAUUGAGGAGGAGCCUGAGCCUGCACUGCAGCCGCCCUCCCCGAAAAUCAACAGGUCUCCAUCAAUGUUGGAGACUCCUCAGUGCCCCAUCGUCGUCCCCAACCCGACCCCCACCCCUGCCCAGAGCCAGGGUCAGACCCCCCCGAACCCUCUGACACACACCCUGUCCCCUGUCAAUAGCUAUCUAAACUUGGGCAUCAAUGCCAGCUUCAUCCCUGAACCAGAGGAACCAGAGGCAGACCAGCAUCAGCACUUCCAGGUCCACCACACCAGCUGCUCCUCAGCCAACUCUGACUGUGAGACAGACGGCUAUCUCAGCUCCUCUGGCCUCCAGGACCCCCUGGAGACAGCGGUCAGCCUCAACGGGUCAACCCUCAACGGGACUGGGACUACCGCCCUCAAUGGACAGCCUCACCACCAACCCAUCCCAGCCCUUCGCUUUCCCUCUAGUAUUGCAGUAUUGGGUAAUACGGAGCAUGGACACUCUGGAGGACACCCUCCCAGCGGCUUCAACUCACCUGUGGACAGCUACGCCUCCGACAUGAUCUCGGGUUUGAGUGACGGCUACGAGGGCCUAUCAGAGAAGAGCGGCAAGACUGCUGCCAGGCGCACGGCUGGCAAGCUGUUCCGGAGAAGGGCCCGUUCAAGACUGCGCAUCACUGGGCUCUCUGACAAAGACGACCGGGUGGUGGAGUGUCAGCUGCAGACUCACAAUGACAAGAUGGUUACCUUCAAGUUCGACCUGGACGGAGACAACCCAGAGGACAUUGCAGCUGUCAUGGUUCACAAUGAGUUCAUCCUGCCAGCGGAGAAGGAGGGGUUUAUCCAGCGCAUAGGUGACAUCAUCAAGAGGGCAGAGGCUCUGAUGAAGGAGCACAAGGUCCACGUGGGUGGCGGCCACGGAGCACCACGCCCACAACACCACAACGGGGUCAACUCACUGUCCGCGUCCCAGCCUAAUCUUCACAGUCACAUUCUGGAGCGGACACACUCUUCCUACUCUCUACCUGACUUCAGCAUGGCUGGCCCCAGUGUAGGGGUAUGUGACUCUCCCUUAGGGCCCACUGGUGGAGGAGACUUCUUCAGUCCAGCAGACAUGACUUCACCUGCAGGGAGACCUCUAUUACGCUCCCAGUCUUUCCAAAACGCCUCAGGUUCUCCUCACUACCACUACCACCACCCAGCCUCCAUGUACUCCUCAGAGCCCCCCCAGCAGCAGCAACACCAGCAGUACUACCACAUGCCCCCCUUCAUGGGCCACACACACUUCCCCUUCCCCUACCCAGUGAACCCCGGUGCCCCCAAACCAGUGGGGUCCCAUCCUCCCCUCACACGGGUCGCCAGCAACCCCACGUUCCCCUCCGUCCUCUCCCCAGACCCAGGCUCCCCCGGCGGCCCCCACUCUGAUGCUCCGAGCCCCUCUGAGUACAGCGGGGAGGGGAACCCCCUGACCCUCCCUCCUCACCCCCAGAACCCCAACAUGUGGCCCUCCCAUACACAGCCCCUCUUCUCCCUGGCCAACGUAAUCUCCAUGGCAAUGAGCAUGGCUCACUCCUUCAUCCCUGCCAACAGCCUGGCUAACCAGGGGAUGCCCUCCAUAGCAGGCUUCCACCCCCAGCUAACCCACCCUCAGUCGGUCUACUCGUCCGUCUACUCCCCCCACUACCAGACUGCUCCAGUGGAGCUCCCUUACACCCAGGGUGGGACGCCUGGCCAAGGGCAGCAACACAGUGUCUACCAGGGCCCAGACACUCCACCACAGAUGCAGAGGGAUGGCUCAGUGCCUGUGUACUCUCAAAAUGGACACCCCGGUUGGCAGCAUAAUCACAUAUCUCCCCCCACGAUGGGCUACAACAGCCCACAGAUGGUAUCACAGCAAGCAGCAUCCAGCCCCCUAAGCCAUUUACAGAAUAGUUCCCAGGGGUCCUACAUGGUUCCUCAGGACCAGUCUGAUGUGUCCAGCUGUGCGUCAGGGUCUGAUCUGUCCCCUUCGUCUCCAGACAGCCCGGAGAGCACAUUAUCAUCGUUCAGCUCAACCACACCAAUGUCGAGACCUACGGUGCCUGAGAUGAACGCCAGUGCUCCCAAGCCCAGACUAUCCCCCAGUUACACAGAUCCCCCGCCUGCUGCCGUCACAGUGGGUCGUUUCCAGGUCACCCCUAGCAUAGAGAUCCCUAUGCCUGCUGCACCAGAUGGACAAGGCUCUAACCCCACCAGGCCCAAGUCAGUGGGCAGCUCCUCCCCAGGCCGAACCAGGCCCAAGUCAGUGGGCAGCUCCUCCCCAGGCCGAACCAGGCCCAAGUCAGUGGGUAGCUCCACCACCUCCGAGAGCAGCACAGAGGAGCAGGGGGGGGCAGAUACAAGCCUGAACACCUCCCUCACUCUCUCCCCCCCAGACCGACACCUCCCUGUGGAGGAGGACGGUGAGGUCCAGGUAGGGUGGGCCGGGACCAAAGAGCAGCAGCAGGAAGAGGAGGAGGAAGAAGAGGGGGAAGAAGAUGACGAGGAGCAUGAGGAGGAGAAGGAAGAGCAGCAGAUAGUAAGAAGGAGGAGGAGGAGAGUGUGUAGCCUCAGUCUGAUGGGUACGUCUGCAGACAGCGGCCUGUCCGUCACAGUGGUGGAUUCAGAGGGGCGUGGCCUGUGGGAGGGAGGUGCAGGGAGCCCUACCUACAACUCGGCCCUGCACCACUUGUGGCUGAGCUACAGCCGCAACUUCACGUACAUGAGCAGUGACGACUCGGAGGACGAGGACAUGCGGGAGGAGCUGCAGGUGAUGAGGGAGAAACACUUGGUGCAGGUGCAGAGUCUCCAGGCCACCCAGAAGAGGGAGAUUGAGGAGCUGUAUGAGAGGAUGGGGAAGGUUCCCCCUGCGGGGAUUGUCUCGCCUGCCGCCAUGCUCUCCAGUCGCCAACGCCGUAUCUCUAAGGAGAGGAGUUACCCCUCCACCUCCCGCAGAAACAGCCUGCAGCGCCUGGACAUACUCCCCCUCCAAGGUAUCAUCAGGAGGAACUCUCUGGGUGGCAGCAACAGCAGCAGCAGCUCUCCGGAGAAGCCCUCUAAAGGGGUGACCUUUGCUUCCGAUGUCAGUAGAAUGUAAGAAUCUUCAACCAUGCUUGCUGUAGAAUAAGCCCAGACUACCUCAUCUAAAAUGUGACUGAAAUAAUCAUGCCCAUCCUGCUGGAGGAAAUAACUGACAUCACCUCUAAACCCUUUAUCUGGGCCCCCAUUGGAGGAGACUUACCUAGAUCCCCCAGAAACCAGGAAGCUCCUCUGCUGAUCCAAUAGUCACAGGGUUAAUCAUAGGUCGCAGGUCCGUCAGAGGUCGCUGAGCCCUCUGCUAUGAAGGGACAACAGAACUGUUGUCAUCCGCUGUCAGUCACCCCCAAGAGAAGCUUGCCAGAUUCAACGGUUCAGUGCAACAUACCCGUUCUAGGACGCCACCAGAACAGUGUUUAAAAUGAGAUGGUCAAAAGUUUCAAAACUGCCUAAUCCUCAGCUAAUGCGUAUAAAAGGCUCACAAUAGUACUAGCCCAAGUAGUGCACCAUCAUUCUUCAUACUAUGCAAUGCUAGUGAGAAACGUGUGAUCAUUGUACAUAGAGCCUUAAUGAUCAGCUGUAGUCCUGCCUUGUAGCCACAGAGCAGUAAGGGUUGUUCCAGCUACAAUAUUGGGAUCAUGGGAUCGAGGCCGGGGCAGUUGAUCAUUAUUUUCCUGCUUAUCUGACUGUCGCACACAUUUUUAUUGGGAGCAGUGGAGUGAGAUGAAGCUCAGUAACUCUUGCUGUAUUUCAGAUUAUUCACUCUCCUCUUUGCACAUUUGACUGUGUUUGGAAUCUGUUGAUGCUGACUGUAGCUCGCUACUGCCCUCUAGAGUCUGACUACAGAAGUCCAGAUAUGUUGUUAUAGUUCUGCCUGUUUUCCAAUGUACAAUAGUGAUGCAACAAUAUUUCUGAUGAAUUCAACAGCAUUAUGAAGGACGACUGUUGUCAAUGUGUAGAAAGAUGUGAACAUAGAUGUUAAAAGAUGGUAGGCAGUACCUUAUAUACAUUAUAGUGAGCAUUUAUCAAUAAAAUGCAACACUAUGACAAGUAGCUUUCCGAACAACCAUAUACAGUACUAUAGGUAGACCUACAACACUGAAAUCAUUUAGGUGUCAGUCUUUCCAGAAUAUUUCAGAAUUUCACAUUAUAUGUGUUCAUAUGAAAUAUAAAAAGGUUAUACAGUAAGAAGCAAGGCACAAUACAGCUCUAUAAAUGACAAAUACCUAAGACUAAAACUACUCCUUUUAAAAACAAAUCAAGUGAAAGUAUUGCCAAAUCAGCCACAUCAAUUUAAAAAAAAUAGGCAAUUUAUGGUUGAUGAUUUUCAACUCUCCUGACUUUUUAGCUGAGAUUAUAUUUUCUUCCAAAAUAAUUAAACAUAGGUCUAGACUACUGGUUCUCACCAUGAUUGUAAAUGUGUAAAUAUGAAAUAAUGCAUUUGUAAAUUACUUUUACAAAUGAAUCAAAGACAUUUUGGCAAGCUACUUUUCUUGUGCAAACACAUUGACAAUGAUAAACCUUGCUGCAAUGCGCAAUAAACCAGGCACCCUAUGCACUUUAGUAAAUUCUACUUUAGUAGUAACUCAUCACACUUUUUGGUAAAGUAGCAUAUUUAUAUGCACAAGUGGGGAAGAGUACGACUACCCUAAAAAAUGAAUUAAACUGUGAGCCCAUAUUAGCUAUUGCCUUAAAUACACAUAUGGAAUUCUAUUGCAAUGAUACUCAAGAUUUAUAUUUAAAGAAAGAAAAAGUGAUUACAAUCCACAUUUUUGAAUGCAUGUAUGAUUGUUGGUUGAUUGUAUUGCUUUAACAUACAAAGCUGCUGUCCUGCCAUGCUCAAUCUGUGCCUUUUCCUUGCAAUGUCUUAUUUUAUAUUUUUACUCUGUAGCUUUGGUGGCUACAACAAACUCUGUAAAUCAUAUUUUGACAUAGAGUUGAAAUAAUGAUAGUGUUCCUCUCCGCUUCCGUACUACUGUGGCAAUAUCAGUGUAUGAAACAUUACACUGACCUUGCUAUAAGAUGUCAUUUAUUGUUGUGAAAAAACCAAAUACAUAAUAACAAAUGUACAAC